CAUCAAUCCAGUCAUCUUGAACAUCUCAACUAGAUAAACUCGCUUUCAACGUUCACCAGUUGAUAGGUUGUAAAACGCACGGUCCCAUCCCCACCCCACUUAAACCUUCCAACAUGCAGAUCCAUCAAGGCUGAAAUAAUUUUCGACAUAGACGAGGCCUCAAUUCCGCCUCGUCUUAAAAUUCUCAAUUUCAACUCAAUUCAAUUCCAAUUCCCCAAUUCCAAUUCCUCAUCACAUUCUUUUCAAAAUGCCGCCUCGUAUAUCUUUUCGUUCUGUCGAGUCAUUAAGACGGUCUCUAACAAAUCCCAAUUCACGAAAUGCUUCCCUUUUGGACUUGCGACCCCUCCAAUUGAGCAAACCCACUCCAAACAUUUAUGAAAAUACCCCUCAGCAUCGCUACCUCAGUAGUACAUCUUCCAUCCAAUUCAAAAAUACCAUUCCCCUCCUCAAGAAAAAAGACAAAAACAACAAAUCAUCAUCUUCCGACUCCUCUGAAAAUUCCUCUUCCUCUGCCUCUUCCUCUUCGGCAGCAGAAGAAAAUGAUCCUUUUGAUUUUUCCACUCUCCAAACCGGUAUUGACAAGUCCCUCGAGAAACUCAAGAAUGAUCUUGGGAAGUUGAGGACGGGGGGUCGUUUUAAUCCAGAGGUAUUAGAGGGAUUACGGGUGAAAUUGGGAAAAGAUGCAAAGGAGAGUUUUCGGUUAGGUGAUUUGGCGCAGGUUUUACCGAAAGGGGGGAGGAGCGUCGUUGUGCUUGUUGGCGAUAAAGAUGUAUGUUCUCCAUUUGCUUUAUCCCCUUUCUAAAUGAUUCCCUGCCUACAUUUGAAAUAAAUUAACCAACACCUUUUUAAGCACAUUAAACCGAUUCUCUCCACCAUCCAAUCUUCUCCCACUCUAUCCCUCCAACCGGUUCCCGAUCCACAAAAUCCACUCGCGCUGAAUAUUCCCAUUCCACCUCCUACCAAAGAAUCUCGUGAUGCAGCGCUACAAGCAGCUUCAAAAGCAGGGGAGUUGGCUGGCAACGGGGUACGUAAUGCAAGAGGAGCUAUGCAGAAGAAGUUAAGGGCUAUGGAGGUGAAGAAGACGGUUAGACCGGAUGAUUCGAAAAAGGCGCAUAAGGAGAUGGAAAAGGUGGUUGAGAAGGGGAAUGCGGAGGUUAAGAAGUUGGUUGAGGCGGCGAGGAAGGGGAUGGAGCAAUCGUAGGACUGGGGAUCAAAAAUAUUAGACGCUAGAAUUGUAAAGGUAUAGAGUUGUUUAAAAAGUUGACUUAUUGUAUGGUAUAUGAUUGCGUUUGUACAAUGCCAUUUAUAUGUUU